AUAUUUCUCUUCCAAAACAUCUUGAGUCCUCGCCAAUCGAACCCUAAAACAAUAUGAAAGCUGACCAGUGCACUUGCCGCUUACACUGUAUGUCAUCAUAGCAAAAACGCGUAGAAAUGUAAAGAUAGGCGAUUGAUCACGCCGUUUCUGAAUUCCAUUUUCCCAACGCGGGGUUUCCGAGACUCUUUCGUCUACUCCUCUGAUUCUAUAACCCCUUUCAUAAUCUUCUUCGCCCUCAAUUUCCAUACCCAGGUAUCUGGAGUUCCAUUUACAAUCUUCUACAAUAUAUGCAUACAAAACUAUACAUGUUCCAAAUUGAUAUAAUUAUCAGGUAAAAACAACAACAAAACAUUUCCUAUCCUAGGUAUCAGUAUCUGUCAACAUCAUCACCAUAUUUAUUUCAAAUCAUCGCCGGUUUUUUCUCAAAUUUAAGGAGUUAGGAACAGUGUGGACCAUGAUGCGAUCGUGUUUCAACCAAUUGGAGAGGUGUUUUGGCCGGCGGAACGGCGAUGGACUUUUGUGGCACCUGGACUUGAAGCCUCACGCCUCCGGAGACUUUUCAAUCGCCGUUGUUCAGGCUAAUAUGUCCCUCGAGGACCAGAGCCAAGUUCUCACUUCGCCAUCAGCUACUUACGUCGGCGUCUACGACGGCCACGGCGGCCCUGAAGCCUCCCGAUUCGUCAACCGCCAUCUCUUUACUUAUAUGCAACAAUUUGCCAGAGAGCAAGGGGGAUUAUCAACGGAUGUCAUUAGAAAGGCUUUUCAUGCGACAGAAGAGGAUUUCAUAGGAUUAGUUAAGACAUCUCUGCCAGUAAUGCCACAGAUUGCUUCAGUUGGAUCUUGCUGCCUUGUGGGUGCGAUUUCUGAUGGUCAAUUGUAUGUGGCUAAUUUAGGGGAUUCAAGAGCAGUCCUGGGAAGGAGAGGUGUGGAUGGGGAGAGGAAAUCUGUUGUAGCGGAACGGUUGUCUACAGACCAUAACGUAUCUUCUGAGAAGGUGCGGAAGGAGGUUGAAGAACUCCAUCCUGGUGAUUCACCUAUUGUGUUCUACUGUCAUGGGGUUUGGAGAAUCAAAGGCAUAAUUCAGGUGUCAAGAUCCAUUGGUGAUGCCUAUCUCAAGAAACCCGAGUUUAACAGACACCCAAUGUUCCAGCAAUUCAGGAAUCCAGUACACCUGAAGCAUCCUGUACUAUCAGCUGAACCUUCAAUCAUUACUAGAAAGAUCCGACCACAUGAUUUAUUUUUGAUAUUUGCUUCUGAUGGCCUCUGGGAACACUUGAGUGAUGAAGCCGUAGUGGAAAUGGUGCACAAAAACCCAAGACCUGGAAUAGCCAAGAAGUUGGUGGCAGCAGCUAUAGAGGAGGCUGCUAAGAAGAGGGAGAUGAAAUACAAAGACAUCCAGAAGAUUGAGAGGGGAAUUCGGCGUCAUUUCCAUGAUGAUAUUACAGUGGUAGUGAUAUAUCUGGAUAAUAACAACAAAAAAUCUUCCCAUAGUAAAGGGACUGUUGGCUAUGUUAGUGCUCCCAUGGAUAUCUUCUCAUCUAAUACAGACAAUGUCACAUAAAAGAGCAAAAGUCCUGGAGUUUCUUAAACAAGGAAGAAUGUAAUUAAGGAUUAGGGUAUACUUGGCCAUAUUUACAAGUUUGAGUAAGCUUUUUGGGUUGAAACUUGAAAGAGCCACCUUUUCAUGGAAAGAUGGCUUCAAGGUUGUAGAUAAGUAGAGUUCUUGAGAACGAAUCAGGGUUUCAUGUGUUAUUUUGGAUCUCAUAGUUUACACAUUAAUUUGUUCUUUUCCUCACAUAUGUUAUAUACGGAGUUCUUCAAAAGAAGUAAGAUUUCUGUGACUGUUUCGAUGAUAUACAGAGUACCUUUUAACUGGGUUGCUUCUAUGACUCAUUUUCUUUCUAUAUAUGACACAAAUAUAC